AUGGCCACGACCAGCUACUCCAGCCAGGCUCUGGCCGGUGCCAGCAACGCUACACUUUCAAGAACCAUCACUCCCGUUCUACCUCCCCGCCACAAGCCCGCCCCCCGCUUCCGAAGUUCGGUGGUCCCGGCCCAGGAGGUCUCUGCCGUGUAUGCAGCCCCUGCAGCUCCCACCCCCGGCUUGCGGCCGUUGCCCCGCGAGGACGAGAAUUCGGUCGAUAAUGUGAACCUGGGCAACCCUCUGCAACGCGCCGAGCGACUGAGCCCCGGCUGGCUGGGAGUGUUAGCGGACCUCGAGGGGGUGGUCCUGGACUACGAUACCGCGGAGGUCUCAGACCGAUCCUGGCAGCAGCUGGCCGAGGAGGAGGGACGCAAGCCUCUUCCCGCAUGGGCGUUGCGCAAGGCGGAGCACAUGAAGAAUGAGCAGGUCAUCCAGGAGGUUUUUGAGUGGGCGUGGAACAGGCUGGAGGUCGCUCGGCUCGCCGCAAGGCGGGAGGAGCUGUAUGCGGAGGCCCUGGCGUCGACGUCCCUGAGGGUCAGCCCGGGUCUCCCGGUCUUCCUGGACACCCUGGCGCGGCUCCAGGUGCCCAUCGCGGCUAUUUCCUCGGGCCCGCAACGACGCGUGCUGAGCAUGCUUGAGAAUGCUGGGCUGGCCACGCGCUUCGACGCCGUCAUCAGCUCCGAGGAUGUGCUGCGGGGCCUCCCAGACCCCUCGGGCUACCUCUCUGCGAGCCUGUCCAUCGGCCGGCCGCCGCUGCGCUGCGUCGUGCUGGCCUCCAGCAACCUGAGCAUCGAGGCGGCGCGGGAAGCCGGGAUGAAGGUGGUAGCCCUGGCCGCGCGCCGGCCCGCGUACGAGCUGACCGCCGCCGACUCGGUGGUGCGCCAGGUGGAUGGCCUGAGCUUCAUGGACCUAAAGCGCCUGUUUGCGCGGGAAGCCGGCGCGCAGCUAGUCCCCCUGGCCGAGCCCGAGGCCCAGCCGGCGUCGCGCUGGGCCCAGCCCACCCCCUUCUCCGACGCCGACCCCGAGUGA